CGUAACGAUUUCUUUCCGUGACAGCAGUGGUCAAGACAUAUCGACCCUGCUUCAAUUUCAUUGGCAACAAAUCCAAUUUUAAUAGGAACAUCAUCCAUUGAAUUUCAACACUGAUAAUGUCUGGGAAUUGGAACAAUAGCCGUGGCGGAAACGGCAAUUCCCGAUUUGGGAAUGGCGGAGGAAACAAAUUUGGCAACAAUGGGGGUUCUAAAUUUGGCGGAGGCGGUGGUGGUGGCCGCUUUGGAGGUUUUGGUGGGAAGAAAGAGUUUUCGGGCGGUCAGAGCAUGCGAAAGCCGAAUUGGGACACCCUAACUUUGCAGCCGUUCAACAAAGAUUUCUACAACCCCCAUUCUUUUGUAUUAAAUAGAUCUGAAUAUGAGGUAGAAGAGUACAGAAAUCAACAUGAAAUUACUGUUAGUGGAUUAGAUGUCCCAAAUCCUAUCCAACAAUUUGAAGAAGCAAACUUUCCUGAUUAUGUAAUGCAGAGUAUCAGUAACAUGGGAUAUAAGGAGCCUACAGCUAUUCAAGCACAAGGAUGGCCUAUGGCCAUGUCUGGAAAGAAUUUGGUUGGCAUAGCCCAAACUGGAUCUGGUAAAACAUUAGCUUACAUUUUGCCUGCCAUAGUACAUAUCAACAACCAGCAAAAAAUAAGGCGUGGGGAUGGUCCUAUUGCUUUAGUGCUGGCUCCAACUAGGGAGUUAGCUCAACAAAUUCAACAGGUAACUACUGAUUUUGGCAACACUUCAUAUGUUCGUAAUACCUGUAUAUUUGGUGGUGCGCCAAAGAGAGAGCAAGCACGUGAUCUGGAGAGGGGUGUGGAAAUUGUCAUUGCAACACCUGGCAGACUAAUAGACUUCUUGGAAAAAGGUACCACCAAUCUUCAGCGCUGCACAUACUUGGUUCUGGAUGAAGCUGAUCGUAUGUUGGAUAUGGGUUUUGAACCUCAAAUUAGGAAGAUCAUUGAACAGAUUCGCCCUGAUAGACAAACUUUAAUGUGGUCUGCAACAUGGCCUAAAGAAGUAAAAAAAUUAGCUGAAGAUUAUUUAGGAGAUUACUUACAAAUUAAUAUUGGGUCAUUACAGCUCUCUGCAAACCAUAACAUUUUACAGAUUAUUGAUGUUUGUCAAGAACACGAAAAGGAAAACAAAUUAAAUGUAUUAUUGCAAGAAAUUGGCCAAAGUCAAGAACCAGGUGCCAAGACUAUAAUAUUUGUUGAAACUAAGAGGAAAGUAGAAAAUAUAACUAGAAACAUUAGAAGAUAUGGUUGGCCAGCAGUUUGUAUGCAUGGAGAUAAAACUCAACAAGAAAGAGAUGAAACCUUAUAUCAAUUCAAACAGGGCCGUGCCAGUAUUCUUGUUGCAACUGAUGUUGCAGCUAGGGGAUUAGAUGUGGAUGGAAUAAAGUAUGUCAUUAAUUUUGACUACCCUAACUCUUCUGAAGACUAUAUUCAUCGUAUUGGUAGGACAGGUCGGUCAAAGACGAAAGGAACAUCUUAUGCAUUCUUCACACCCUCAAACUCUCGCCAAGCUAAAGACCUUGUAUCUGUACUUCAAGAAGCCAACCAGUCUGUUAAUCCACAACUGCAGUCAAUGGCUGACCGAUGCGGCGGUGGUGGCGGAGGUGGUUGGAAUAGAAACCGAUAUGGAGGAGGACGCUCAGGGGGUGGAUCUUUUAAACGUGGCAGUAACUUCGGUAGGGGUCAUGGACAAGGAGGGGGCGGUGGCCAUAAAAGAUUUAAUGAUUAUUAAGUGUAUAAAAUAAAUAUAGCAAAUCCUCAUAGGAAUACUUGACUGUGUGAAAGUGUAAUAGAUAUUGUUCUGGUUGUUUGAUGAUCCAGUAAGCUAGUUAUUUAUUAUGCAUCCCUUGUUUGAUCAUCUGUAUUUAAGUUUAUCGCACUGUGAUAUUUUUUUUAUCUGUGAUUCUAGUGGGGAUUAGCUUAAACAUAAAAUAAUUGUCUCGCUAAAUCAUGGAUUUUACAAUGUAAGACCAUGGUACUGAUGUUAUUACCUGUUUUUAUAUUCCAUUCUAAGUAUAGUUUUUAAUUUAUAAGUCUGCUGAAAUUUCGACUAGUUUCCUUGAUUCCACACUCCUGAACCUUGGUCCAUGUGAAAAUGUCUAAUUAAAUGUACUAAAAGAAAA